CUUUGAAUUGUGGUGUAUACGAAGAAUAUUGAAUAUACCAUGGACUGCCAGAAGAACAAACAAAUCUGUCUUGGAAGAAGUACAGCCAGAAUGCUCCUUAGAAGUGAGGAUGGCAAGACUGUCUCACUUAUAUUGGGCUUGUUAUCAAGACGGACCAAUCCCUGGAGAAGGUCAUUAUGCUUGGAAAAUAGAGGAUCAAUGAAAAAAGAGGAAGAUCCUCAACGAGAUGGACUGACACAGUGAAUGCAGCAGUGGGCUCAGACAUAGCGACAAUUGUGAGGAUGGUGCAGGACUGGGCAGCAUUUCAUUCUAUUGUACAUCAUAAGGUGGCUAUGAGUCAGAAUCAACCCGUUGACACCUAACAACAACAGUUUUAAAAUAUGCACAUGAUUAAAAGUAAUAGAAUCUAAUAAAACAUUUGAUUACACAACCUUUACUAAGUAUUGUAAUAUAUUAAGUGUCCAUUAAAUGUCCAUUAAGCAUUCAUUUAUUCAUUUUAUAAAUAGUUAUUAAUCAUUUGGUAUAUCUUAGUGGGUAGAUACUGAUAAUAAGCAUACAUUCUAUGGAUACCUAUUAAAUGUCCUGUAAUAAAUGCUAAUAAGAAAAAUAAAGCAUGAUAAGGAGAACAAUGGGAAAAGAGGGUGUUAGGUGGCCAAGGAAGGCCUUUCUGAUGAGGUGACACUUAAACAGAGACGUUUGAAGAAAAUGAGGGUGCAAGUCAUGUGGGAUAACAGAAGAAGCAUCCGGCCAGAGGAAACAAUAAGUGCAGAUGUCUUAUGGCUGCUGUGUUGUUGAGGAAGGCCUGUGUGUCUUAGUGGAGUGAGUGAUGGGGACAGAAGGGAAGAGGUUAGCAGCUGAGCACAUUAACAGUUUGCACAACCCAGGGACUCCAAGAAACAGGAAUGUUUACCCUUGCAGAAGUUGCUUCACUUAAUGACAUCCAGCCAACUUACCGAAUCCUGAAACCAUGGUGGGAUGUGUUUAUGGAUUACCUGGCUGUCGUUAUGUUGAUGGUAGCCAUCUUUGCAGGAACCAUGCAGCUUACCAAAGAUCAGGUGGUCUGCUUGCCAAUGUUGCCAACUCCUGUAAAUUCAAAGGCACACGACGUUACCACCGACAUCCCAAAGACAGAAGCAGCCACUGACCAAGACCAAGAUGGGCGGGCAACAAAUGACAUUUCCUUUGGCACAUCUGCUGUGACACCCGACGUACCUCUCAGAGCCACAUAUCCUCGUACAGAUCCCACAGUUCCCAGUCAGGAGGCAAGGAAAGAGAAGAAAGACCCAACAGGCCGAAAAACAAACUUGGAUUUUCAGCAAUAUGUAUUUAUUAAUCAGAUGUGUUACCAUCUGGCCCUCCCCUGGUAUUCUAAGUACUUUCCGUACCUUGCUCUUAUACAUACUAUUAUUCUCAUGGUCAGUAGCAACUUUUGGUUCAAAUAUCCCAAAACAUGCUCAAAAGUAGAACAUUUUGUUUCAAUACUAGGAAAGUGCUUUGAAUCUCCUUGGACGACUAAAGCGUUGUCUGAGACGGCGUGUGAAGACUCAGAGGAGAACAAACAGAGAAUAACAGGUGCUCAGACUUUACCAAAGCACGUGUCUACCAGCAGUGAUGAAGGGAGCCCCAGUGCCAGCACCCCGAUGAUCAACAAAACUGGCUUCAAAUUCUCAGCUGAGAAGCCUGUGAUCGAAGUCCCCAGCAUGACCAUCCUGGAUAAAAAAGACGGGGAACAGGCCAAAGCCCUGUUUGAGAAGGUGAGGAAAUUCCGAGCCCAUGUGGAAGACAGUGACUUGAUCUAUAAACUCUAUGUGGUCCAAACAGUUAUCAAAACAGCCAAGUUCAUUUUUAUCCUCUGCUAUACUGCAAACUUCGUCAACGCAAUCAGCUUUGAACAUGUCUGCGAGCUAAAAGUUGAGCAUCUGACUGGGUAUGAGGUAUUUCAGUGCACCCACAAUAUGGCUUACAUGUUGAAAAAGCUCCUCAUUAGUUACAUCUCCAUUAUUUGUGUGUAUGGUUUUAUCUGCCUCUACACUCUGUUCUGGUUAUUCAGGAUACCUUUGAAAGAAUAUUCUUUUGAAAAAGUCAGAGAAGAGAGCAGUUUCAGUGACAUUCCAGAUGUCAAAAACGAUUUUGCAUUCCUUCUACACAUGGUAGACCAGUAUGACCAACUAUACUCGAAGCGUUUUGGUGUGUUCCUGUCAGAAGUCAGUGAAAAUAAACUGAGGGAAAUUAGUUUGAACCAUGAGUGGACGUUUGAGAAGCUUAGGCAGCACGUGUCCCGCAAUGCCCAAGACAAGCAGGAGUUACAUCUGUUCAUGCUGUCAGGUGUGCCCGAUGCUGUCUUUGACCUCACAGACCUGGAUGUGCUAAAACUUGAACUGAUUCCAGAAGCUAAAAUACCUGCUAAGAUUUCUCAAAUGACCAAUCUCCAAGAGCUUCACCUCUGCCACUGCCCUGCAAAAGUUGAACAGACUGCUUUUAGUUUUCUCCGCGAUCACUUGAGAUGCCUUCACGUGAAGUUCACUGAUGUGGCUGAAAUUCCUGCCUGGGUAUAUUUGCUCAAAAACCUUCGAGAGUUGUACUUGAUUGGCAAUUUGAACUCUGAAAACAAUAAGAUGAUAGGACUUGAAUCUCUCCGAGAGUUGAGGCAUCUUAAGGUUCUCCAUGUGAAGAGCAAUUUGACCAAAGUUCCCUCCAACAUUACAGAUGUGGCACCACAUCUUACAAAGUUAGUCAUUCAUAAUGACGGCACUAAACUCUUGGUACUGAACAGCCUUAAGAAAAUGAUGAAUGUCGCCGAGUUAGAACUCCAGAACUGUGAGCUAGAGAGAAUCCCACAUGCUAUUUUCAGCCUCUCUAAUUUACAGGAACUGGAUUUAAAAUCCAAUAGCAUACGCACAAUUGAGGAAAUCAUCAGUUUCCAGCAUUUAAAAAGACUGACUUGUUUAAAAUUAUGGCAUAACAAAAUCGUUGCCAUUCCUCCCUCCAUUACCCAUGUCAAAAACUUGGAGUCACUUUAUUUCUCUAACAACAAGCUCGAAUCCUUACCAGUGGCAGUGUUUAGUUUACAGAAACUCCGAUGCUUAGAUGUAAGCUAUAACAACAUUUCAAUGAUUCCAGUAGAAAUAGGAUUGCUUCAGAACCUGCAGCAUUUGCAUAUCACUGGGAACAAAGUGGACAUUCUGCCAAAACAGUUGUUUAAGUGCGUGAAGUUGAGGACUUUGAACCUGGGGCAAAACUGCAUCACCUCCCUCCCAGAGAAAGUUGGUCAGCUCUCCCAGCUCACUCAGCUGGAGCUGAAGGGCAACUGCCUGGACCGCCUACCAGCCCAGCUGGGCCAGUGUCGACUGCUCAAGAAAAGCGGGCUUGUUGUGGAAGAUCACCUUUUUGACACCCUGCCACUUGAAGUCAAAGAAGCACUGAAUCAAGACAUAAAUGUUCCCUUUGCAAAUGGAAUUUAAACUGAGCUAAUACGUGCAUACCCACGUGCAGGCACAACUUCCUAGAUUGCAAAUGCUCACGUACAAGUUAUUGCAAGAUAAUGUGUUUUAGGAGUAGAUACAUCUUUAAAAAUAAAACACUGAGAGGAUGCAUAGAAGGCUGAUAGGAGACAUAACUGAAUGUUCAAUGUUUGUAGUGUUUUAAGUCCUUCAUUUCCGAAUUUUUUUUUUCUUUUGGGGAAAGGGAAGGAAAAAUUAUAAUCACUAAUCUUGGUUUCUUUUUAAAUUGUUUGUAACUUGGAUGUUGCCGCUGCUGAAUGUUUACAAAUGCUUGCCUGCUACAGUAAAUGAUUAAAUUGACAUUUUCUUACUAUA